UUCACCCAGCAGCGGACGAGAGCGUACAGUGUGUGUUCACCCAGCAGCGGACACAGUAUCCACACUCUCUCUGUUCACCAGAACGCUGAGCUAUACAGAAUGCUUCUGGUCUUUAGCCUCGUCUUCCUCAUUUCUCGAUGCUUCGUCAUUAUAAGCAGCAAUUGCCACAGUGACAGGAACAAGGACCACCGAACUCACGUGAGCUGUGUGGCUCAGAGCCUGAGCACAGUGCCUGAUGGGAUAGAUGUAAGGACAGAGGUUUUGGAUUUUACUCAGAACCAGUUUAGGUCACUCUCCUGGGCCGACUAUAGUGCAUUCACAUACCUGUAUGAGCUGGACCUGAGUGAGAACAACAUCAACGUAAUCAGUCCACAAGGUCCAGUGCUUGGAAACCUUAGCGUGUUACGGUUGUCCAAUAACAGCCUGGAAGGUUUGGGUGGGCGUGUGUUCACCUCUGCCCCCAGGCUGAUGGAGGUUUACCUGGAUGGAAACAAUCUUCGUUCUCUUCAUGACGCCACCUUCGGUGACCUUCCGCACCUAGAGGUCAUCAACCUGUCUCGGAACCAGCUGCACGCCCUACCCCAACGGCUGCUUGAAUGUGUCUCUUCCACCAGGCUCAAGACCUUUGACCUGGAAGAUAAUCGUGUGCAGCUCAUGCCUAAUGAGUUCUUCUCUUCGAAGCCUGACCUGCCCUACGUCUUCUUGUCCCAGAACCCGUGGCAGUGCAGCUGUGAGGUGGGCUACCUUCAGCGCUACCUGGAGGACCAGGGUCACAAUGUGUACCAAAACACAGGGCCCACCACCCUGGAGAACAACCCCGAGAGUGUGGUAUGUGCGGGGCCGCCCCACCUGAAAGCUAUGGCCAUUGUAGACCUAAAAGAGGAAGACUACUGCAUGUCCACCAAAAUGACCACUACCACACCCAUGACCACACCCACUACCACACCCAUCGACACAACCACUAACACGCCCACUAGUACAUUCAUGGCCACGCCCAUUUGGCAUCUGAAGAGCUUCGUCAUGGGAGACACAGAUGUCUGGAACAAUGCUCAUACCACCCAUAGCACCACUCAGAUGAUUUCAACAGCCACUCAGAUGAUUUCAACAGCAACCCCAACCAAAACCACCUGGUUUGAGCACUGGAUACUUCAAUGGAACUCUAGUCAUCUCACUGGAACUACAUACCAUCCUGUAGCCUCCACAGACAGACAAAAGCCCUCUACUGCCCCCACUACACCCACUGACAGGUUAGGAAGCUCCAUUCCACCUGUCCCCACCCCGGUGCAGAUUGCCCCGGGGGUGCUGGACUCCAUGGUGAGGCCCAGUGAGCGUCUGGGUCCGUGGUGCUGGUGGCUGUUUGCUGGGUUUUUGCCAUUGUGUGUUCUUUCAGGUAUCUGCUGCUGCAUGCUGUUCCUGUGGCUGGUCCUCACCUACAGCACCCUCUACAGGCCACUCCGAGGACAGAGCGCUGCGCUCAACGGGGGCGUGAGGCUGCACGCGUACCGCCCCAUGGAUGGGGGUGGGGCCCCGAGCAGGGAGCCAGAGAGUGUGGUGUUCUUACCGCCCGAGAAGAUACGAGAGACACAAACAGUGUUUCGGUCAGUGCUGUUCAUCUCAAAAGGACAGGAGGACGAGGGAGUAAAGAACCAGGAUGAAAGACAAACAAGAGGAAAUGACAUCACAGCUAAAACAGAACUGCGGCCAGUGGUGGAGGAAGAUGGGCUAGGGGCAUCUCUGCAGAGAGAGCGUGGGAGGGCGGGGCAGAUAGACACAAAGGAAGUGUUCAGGAAGACCUUGUAUAGGAUGAUAUGCAGCGAGGAAGAGAUAGCAGGAUGGAGGGAAGUGGAGGAACGAGGGAAGACACGGUACAGUCUGAUCCUCAGGGAGGAGAGAGGGAGCUUGGCAGAGGACAGGAAAGGAGAGAUGGAGUGGUUGGUUGGAGAAUGGGAGAUGGGUGGGGAGCUAUAAUUAAAAGCAUGGAGAACUGACUGCCUACACCUGGACUGGCUGCUACUACAGUUGUCUGAGUGUGUGUACAAACUUCUGAAGGCAUUGUGUUCUCCAGGCACUCUGGACAAAUGCAAACACAAGAAUGUGAUAUAAUAAAAAUACGAGUAUUUAAUGUGUGCUAUUUUCUGAGUAAGAAAAUAAAGUCCAUCUGCUUCCUGGGGCUCAGUGGUCCUGAUUGUAACUGACAACCAUUUGUCCUGUGAGCCACACAUGUGAAAUAUAUGAGACUUUGAUAUUUUAAAACAAAAUUAAAGAUCACCAUAUAAAAUUAUUAAAGUAUAAUGCUCUCACUUAACCCUUUAAAACUAACUAUUUGGUACAUGUUUAGUUUAGUUCACAAAAUUAACACACAUUUGUAAAACAUUUUACAACUAACGUAGCUAUGAGACUUCCUGUAGAACAACUUGUAGCUCUGAGCCCUAUACGCAAGCAUCACUGUUUGACAAUCCUGUUGUAAACUAGAUUAAAACUCACACAGAAUCAGGAGUCCAACAGAAAGCCACUUCUUCCAUUUUUAUUGGAGCAUUUUAAUAAACAAAACAAUGAAAUAUAAAACUUUGUUUUUUUUCCCCCCAGCAGCAGGUGUGUGACAACGGCGUGUUUUAGAUGGCAGAGAAGCUUGGGAGCUGGUUACCGGCAACAACACGUCUCUCUACACCAUGCUCAGA